GGUUAAACGCAUUCGGCAUUUGGUUUCAAUUUCUCCCUCCCUUUAAUCUGAACCCUUUUUCCCUUCCCUCUCAAAUUCUCCCUCUCCACAUAUACAUACAAUUCUGUACGUAAACACUCAGAUGCUGUGAACGCCGGCUCUCAAAUCGUGAUUUCCGGUUCUUCGUUCCCCUCUCUGUUCUCUCUCUCUUGUAUUGAAGCUUUUAUGGAUAUUUUGAUGGAAAUGAUAGAUUCGUGCUCGCUUUCGUUGAUUUUUGAGAUGCGUGGAGGACUUGGCGCCGUGAAUCGAAUAGCUCGACGGUAUACUAAGAAACCGAUAAUACCGUGCACGCCGCCGCAUUGUAAGUUAAGGACUGUCUAAAAAAACUUCAAUCUAGGGUUCGUUUUUAAAUUUCGUUUUGUCUAUCUUUACACUUUCUGUACAAUAAGCUGGGAGAAUUGAAGUUUCAAGGACUUCUUUGUGUGUGUUUUUUUUUCUCUAAAAUUGUUGAAAUUUAAGAACUCUGGAGAGGAUUUAAGGAGCUGUUAAGAAGAAGAAUUAAUUAGUGGAAAAUGCCUUGCUUUCCUCUCGAAUUGUCUGUUGGAAGUUGAAAAUUGGCAGCAUUUCUGGUGAAUGAAAAUUGAACCUUCGAGUUUGUUGUUAUAAACAAUUUUAUGAGUUCAAGCGCUCUCGGUAUGGAUCUAUAUGGGAUUUGCGUGUCGGUGUAAGGAAUUGAGAAGCACCUGCUUGUGAAAGUUGAUUGCACUUUUUCUAAGAUUGAUUUUAGGAUUGUGGCUUGUGAACAUUGAAUGGCGGGAGGUAAGGAACUAGGUCUUCCUAAGAAGAGUGGGUGUAGUUUGAAAGAGCAAUUAGCUCAGAAGACGUUGCAUAAUGUGAGGCAGCAGGGGCACACAUAUAUUGAACUUAGGGAGGAUGGCAAGAGAUUUGUGUUUUUCUGCACCUUAUGUCUUUCUCCGUGCUAUAGUGAUUCAAUUCUAUUUGAUCACUUGAAUGGUAAUCUUCACACUGAAAGGCUAGCCGCUGCUAAAGCUACUUUGUUAAAACCAAACCCGUGGCCAUUUAAUGAUGGUGUCCUUUUCUUUUAUGAUCAUGAGCAAGAUAAGCCUCUUCCUCUCUCAAAUGGUGAGCAAACCAAGAUUUUAGAUAUAGAUUGGAAUACUGAUGAUAAUACUCUUGCUAUUGUCAAAUAUGAUGAGAACUUAUUACUGCCUGAUGUCGGUGAGAAGGCUGCAGAAGCUGAAACUGAUGCUGAUUUUGAGAAUAGUACCCUUUCUAGUAAUGGAGAUAACCAUCAGAUGGUUAUUCCAGGUGUACUGCGAAGAGAUGAGAUAUCAGAACUUGUAGUGAAGCAUAUUGGUACUUCACGGAUUGCUACAAGGAUCAGUGAGAAGGAUGAGGCUUCUAAACAAGUUCGUAGAAUAUGGUCUGAGUGGCUUGGGAAUAAGGAUUCUGGUGAUGAGGAUGACAUUAUGCUUCCAGAGCAUGACUUUGCUGUUGUCAUUUUUCCUUAUAGUUACAGUUUAGGUAGGAAGGGCUUACUUGAAGAAGUAAGGUGUUUGCUUCCUCCUAGUCCUCUUUCGGAGUCUGAUGAAACUGGCAACGCUAAAAACAAAAAGAGGAAAUCAUUUUCUGAUCCUGAGGAUGUCAGUGAGUCUUUAAGCAACCAAUGUGAUUCUUCAGGUGAAGAAUCUCAAUCUACAGAUACAAGGUUAUUGCUAAAUGGUUAUGAUGAUCAAUUACUGCAUUCAAGAGUUAUUUCUAGUAAAACCAUAAGGAGACAAUUGAGGAAACAACAGCAAGUAGCCGCCGAGAGAAUGUGCGACAUCUGCCAGCAAAAGAUGCUUCCUGGUAAAGAUGUUGCCACACUUAUGAACAUGAAAACGGGAAGACUUGUAUGCAGCAGUAGAAAUAUGACUGGAGCAUUUCAUGUAUACCACACUUCUUGCCUCAUCCACUGGAUACUUCUUUGUGAGUUGGAAAUGUAUGGGAAACAAUCUGAUGAACCUAAAACAAAACGAAGGUCUCGGAGAAAGGCCGGGUCAAAUCACAAGGGAGAGAAAAAGAAUGGGACCAUUAGAAAACAAAUUUCUUCAAUCUUCUGUCCUGAAUGCCAGGGUACAGGGAUGAAGAUUGAUGAAGAUGACUUAGAGAAACCAACUAUCCCUCUGUCUGAGAUAUAUAAAUUCAAAAUCAAACUUAGUGAUGCACGCAAGGCAUGGAUAAAAAGUCCAGAGACACUGAAUAACUGCUCAACAGGCUUCCAUUUUCCUCCCUCAUCUGAAGAUUUGUGUCAGGAAUUUGUAACACCAUUAAAGCUGCUGAAGUUUUAUCGGGUGAAUGAUUUAAGCUGAGGCCAGGCUGUCUAAGAUAGAUAUGUUCCUGAAAGGAUCCAGAAUGUUGAUAUGUUGAACUUUGUAGUAAAAUUGCAUGUAACCUGCUGUAAAUACUCUCAGUAUUUCAAAGAAUUGAUGCUUAGAAACCAUUUAAAGCAUGUAGUAGUGACAUUGACAAGAAGCUUGCUUUUGUACAUUUCUGGCGUUUCUUGUUUAUGAGAAGGAUUGAUUAGGAGUUGGUGUAUGCUGCAAAACCUUUUCUUUUGCACUUUGUUUUUUUGGGUUAAAUAUAUAGAUAUCUAUGUAUGCCUGAUUUGGACA